UUUGGCUGAGAGGAGAGGCGACUGACAGUUUUGAGUAAUGGCUUUUGCCAAAAUUGGGAGUCUCUUCAAGCAUGCAGUGUCAUCUAAACCUUCAAUCUACCAGGCAGUGAGAUGCAUGUCAUCAUCAAAAGUCUUUGUUGGAGGGCUAUCAUAUGGCACAGAUGAUCAAACUCUAAGGGAAGCAUUUUCUGGCUAUGGUGAAGUUAUUGAGGCUAGGGUUAUCCUUGAUCGGGAAACUGGGAGGUCGAGGGGUUUUGGUUUUAUAACUUUUACGUCGGGUGAAGAAGCCUCUGCUGCAAUAACUGCCAUGGAUGGGAAGAAGCUUCAUGGGCGCUUGGUUAGAGUUAAUUAUGCAAAUGAUCGUCCUUCAGGCUUUGGUGGUGGAGGUUAUGGCGGUGGUGGCAGUUAUGGUGGUGGUGGAGGUUAUGGCGGUG